UCAAUCUCAAUCCCAUUCAAUUCUUUUAAGAACUCCUUUCAGAACUGAUCGCGAAAAUGUCUUCUUUUCCAAUCCGAAUCAUCUCUCUUGCCCUCUUCUCCAUCUCCUUCCUUCCUUCCCUAAACAACGGUCAAUUGGCCAGGCAUUCCGUCCUAACACGAGCGAAAAUCGUCUACCACGGUGGCCCUAUCCUCAUCGAAACCAUCAACGUAGCCCUCAUUUGGUACGGCAACGUAUCUCUCAACAAAAAAGAAGCCAUCGCCAAUUUUUUAAAAUCGUUGAACACCGAUGGCGAUUUCAGCCUCCAACCUCAAGUCACAAAAUGGUGGAAAAUGGUGGAAAGCUACCAAGCCAUGUUGCCCGGAGCUAAACAUGAUGAAGUCCCUAAAAUCAUUGUGAAUGUGGCUAAACAAAUCAAUGAUACUUCCUAUAAGUAUGGGAGGAAUUUGACCAUUGGUGAUUUUAUUCCAAAAAUUGUUAAAGAACACACAAAGGAAGCGAAAAACAUGCUUCCCAUUAUAAUUACUGCAAAGGAUGUCAAUAUGGAAGGAGUUUGCACUAAAACAUGUGCCUAUAAUGGAAUCGUCGGUAACAUUACACUAUACAUCAUACUCGGGAAUCCGGAACUCGAGUGCCCUAGAAAAUGUGAAUGGCCUUUCACCCAGAUUGAUUCUGGUCCAAAGUCCAUUUUGUUCUUACAACCACCAAACCUGGACAAGGCAGCAGAUGCAAUGGUGAUUGCCUUGGCGACAACGUUGGCCGAUACGGUCACUAACCCUCUAAACACCGGCUUCUACGACGGACCUCCUAAGAAUUCUAUCGGUGCCGGCACGGCUUGCAAAGCCAUCUUCGGCAGUGGCGCUUUCCCGGGCAACCCCGGAAAGGUCCAUAUUGAUGCCCACACUGGUGGAAGCUUCAAUGCUCACGGAAUUAAGGAUCAAAAGUUUUUACUUCCGGCAAUUUGGAACCCUAAAACUUCUUCAUGUUGGACUCUCAUGUAACACCAUAUCACAAUCGAAAUAUGUGUAACACCAUAUCACAAUUUUGGCACGUGUUACUUUUUUAAUUUUAUUCGUGAAGUUAAAAAAUUUCAACAACACUGAUUAUGUAUUAUGUUAUGAAAA